AUGCCGGCUCGCUCCUCCGGCCGCGUCGAUCCGCUGCUCGGGCCCAAGCAGUCCAGCUCUGGCCUCUCUUGGUGCCGGGUGGCCAUCCAUUCCGCCGACUACUGGCUCCUCGGCACUCUCUCGUCGCGUCCAGACAACCUCGCACCGACAGAUCGGGCAUGGUCGAGGUUCGACGAGGCCCUCUACGACGAUGCUGGCGCACUCUUCCUCCGGCCUCCCCCUCACAAGAGGCCUGAUCAGAAUCCUCGCGACCCCGACACCCCGCUCGAGCAACGCCGACGCACAGACUGCAAGCUAUCCACGAUGGCCGCCAUCGCCAUCGCAGAACAGCUAAAUCCAGAAUUGUCGACGGCAACGAGCGAACAAGCCUCCCAACUCGAGCGCCAAGUUGCCUCGCUGGCUCCGCACCUCGAAAAGGCCGUGGCCCGCCAUCUCUUCGUCAGAGUCUUCGUCAAGAGCUUCCCACUCGCAGAGUGCUUCUCGUCGAGCGACGUCACUCUCGAAAGGCGCAACGCAGAACGUCGCUUGCCAAGCCUCGUCUGCUCGUUUGCCCGACACAUGUGUGAUAGGGCUCCCCAUCUCUACGCCGAUCUCUUCUUCGAUUUCGUCACAGAGCUUUGGUCCAUCUUCAGCCCUCCAUUCGAGAACCUCGAGCUUGGGCCGAGCGAACGCGGAUGCGUCCGGGGACUCCGCGCCGCUAUUCUCCUCGAAAAUUCCCGCGAGAACUCUUGGCCCUUGACCAAGGCUCUAUAUGUGCUCGAUGAUCUUGCCGACUGCUUGGAAGACGACAUCACACGGCAAGUUGUCAGCAGCUGUUCGCAACCCGCGAACCCUGUUUACUCGAGCCUUUUGUGCUCCGAAAAGAUUCUGGAGGCACGCAUCUUGCGGGAAGCUGUCCAACGCCUCUGGCGCCGGUCGCUGGAGCGCGCGUACCGGACACCCCGUCACCUCGAGGUAUUCAAGAUCGAACUCCAGACCUGCUGGGGCGAGGUGGAGGCCUAUGUGCUCUCUCGCUUCCAGAUUCGGCUGCUGGACACCCGCCAGAACUGCGAGAAGCUCAGAGAUCCCAGCUGCAGAGAGGAGGUGAUCGCCAAAUGGGAGGCUGAGAGUCGUGACUGCUUCAGCCAAGGCGGCUGCUCGAGCUAUUCAAGACCAAUGUCCCUCUUCGACGGCGACACAAAGCUCGAGGCCUUCGCCGAGACUGCUACCAAGAACGCCUUGGAGCUCUGGAAGAGCACGGAAAAGGACAUCGGAGAGGCAGCGAGCUCCACGAGGUUGAUGAUCAGCCGCCUCGCGAUGGAUGCUGGCGCAUUUUCGCUCACGGCCGACGCCAUCAAGGCCUUCGAGAUCCAAGGCAGCAGCUUCCAUGAGUUUGCCCGCGCGUACCUCUACAAGUGCGAACCUGGGCGCCGACACCUCGGAGAUGUCCAAUCCCUCACGCAGUCGGAGCUGGGAAUGGCGCUGGAGAAGACCCGCGUCUUUAUGAACAAGCACCUCGUCGAGCGCCUCCGAGCGCUUCAGCGCCACGUCCUGCGGGCCACGCGAUCCGAGCGACAAGCGGAGCUCGCGCACACCGUUCCUCUGCACUUUGACACCGAUGACCCGGACGACCCCAUGCCAUUCGAACACGGAUUCACCCCCCUCUCGCUCAUCAAUCUCGCAAUCGCGCUACACGCCGCCGGCCUUUACGUCGUCGAGGCGAUGGUCAUCGAGGCGGCACUGCAGUCCCCGAGCCGUGUGGAGGAGGACCGCUGGAGGCUGGACCUGACGCAGGCCGACCUGCGCCAUGGCCUUCUAAAGGCCAAUCGCCGCGCCGAGAGCCUGGCCGUGGCUGAGCUGCAGCGGGCAAACAGCGAGGCCGAUGCGGGGGCCAAGCGAGGCAAGCCAAUCGAGAAUGAGGAUGGAGAUCUCAACGAGACUUCAGCCACGGCUAGUCGCGAACCGCCUGGGGGCGCCGACAGCAGCCAGGCCGGUCAGACACCAGCGGCCAAGACCAAGGCUGCGGGCGAAUGGAAGUACGACGAGGCGCUCGACACCUGGGUCCUGACGACGCCUGCGACAGCGACGGCGAUGCAGCCUGGCAGCUCCGCGGCUGCUUUGACCUCACGCGAGGCUCCCGUCAACGGCACGCCGCUCAGGAAAGUCGGCGGCAGGCCUUCGACAACGACUGACGACGAUGUCCUGCCGCUCGUCCACGAUGACGAGGACCAGGACGAAGGCGAGGUCCUCGACGACAGCAUGGGGUCAGACGCGUCUUCUGACGACCAGGCGAGCCCGACAUUUGACCUCACGAGGAGCCUGCGCAAGCCGGGUCGCAAGGUUGCUGCAGCACCGCGAGCCGGUCCCUCGCAGCGUGGCCGCCCACCGACACAGCCUCUGUUCCCGCGAGGCAACAGCUUGCCGUCCAGCCCGGUCACGGCGAGAGGCAGGCGGACUCGGUCGCAGGUGUCCGACAGCGACGAUGCGAGCGACGACGAGCUCGACCUCUUCCAAGCGAGGACGCCGCCGCCGCGAAGGCAGCCGAAGCCGGUCCAGCGAUACGACGGCGGCAAGGAAAACACCCUGACGGCGGCCGGCACCUCGCAGUCCGGCGACAGCGGACGUGGCGGCAUCGCCGGCGCGUGGCGCAUGUUCCGGCCGUUGGACCGGAUGCGCAAGCUGGACCGCUCCCUCUCGCUGGGUCAGAUGCCGCUGUCCGGCAUGGCCGGCUACCUCUUUGGUGACCGUGGCAAUCGCAGCAGCGCGAGGAGCAGCAACGCUCGUGGAUCUGCGUCGGUCUCGGGCCAGCCUGGUAGAGAACAGGGCCGGAGCGGAGAAGCAGGCGCCACGACGGACCCGGAGGCGACGGGACCGGCAGUCCGAACCCCUCCUCGCCGCGCCCGCGCUCGGCGGGACGAUCAGGCGAUGUCGGAGCCAGAGGGCGACGACGAUUUUCAGCCGGACGACGACGACUCGGAUGCCAACCGAGACGACGACGAUGACGAUGACGACAGCGAUCGAGGGCGCGGCGACGACGACGAUGACGACGGAGCGGCCGCCACGAAGGCGUACAAUCUGCGCAGCAGGCCGUCGGGCGGGCACGAACGAGACGUAUUGCCCGGGCCCUCGAUCAAGCGCAGGAAGGUAGCAAGCGACGGCGUCGAGGUCGUCGUGCCUGCACCCGCCUCUGGUUCCGGCUCUCGCUCUGGGCCCAGUCGUCGCUGGCCAGUGCUUGACCUCUGA